GGGGAGGUACCGGCGCGCGAGAUGCACGCGCUGUACUUUACUUUCACUCAUCUGCACAGCGGCUUGAGGAUGGAGCUCAACUCCUUGUGUGGAGCGUAUGUCUGCUCAGUGCUCUGUGUUUGAUGACAAGCAGCCAAGCAACAAUUUGCCUGGAAUUAUUUUUUAUGUUCAUUAAAGCACAAGUAUCUCCUGAAACAUGAGUGACAUCUAUGAGUCUGCAGCCAAUUCUCUGGGCCUGUUCAACAGCCCCUGCCUGACCAAAGUAGAGCUGCGGGUCGCCUGCAAAGGCAUCUCAGACAGGGAUGCCCUCUCCAAGCCAGAUCCCUGCGUGGUCAUCAAAAUGCAGUCCCAUGGCCAGUGGUUGGAGGUGGAGAGGACAGAGGUGAUUCGGAGCUGUCUAAACCCCACGUUUUCUAAGGUCUUCACCCUGGACUUCUACUUUGAAGAGGUCCAGCGACUACGUUACGAGCUCUACGACAUCAGCAGUAGUCAUAAUGGCAUGAGAGAAGCGGACUGCCUGGGAGCCAUGGAGUGCACACUGGGCCAAAUCAUCUCCCAGAGAAAAUUCACCAAAGCCCUGCUUAAACAGGGCAACACAGUCGGGAAAUCGUCUAUUAUGAUCACCGCUGAGGAGCUAACAGGAAAUAACGAUUACGUCGAACUCUCGUUCAGUGCGAGGAAGCUGGAUGAUAAGGAUUUUUUCAGCAAGUCGGAUCCAUUCUUAGAGAUCUACAGGGUAAACGAUGACAAUACUCAGCAACUAGUGCACAGAACAGAGACGGUCAUGAAUAACCUCAACCCCAUGUGGAAGACCUUCAAGACGUCCCUUAACUCACUCUGUAGUGGAGACCAUGAAAGAAUACUGAAGUGUAUAGUGUGGGACUGGGACUCGAACGGAAAGCAUGAUUUCAUAGGGGAGUUUCAAGCUACAUUCAAAGAGAUGCGAUCAGCGAUGGAUGGAAGACAGGUCCAGUGGGAAUGCAUAAACCCCAAAUAUAAAGUCAAGAAGAAGAAUUACAAGAACUCUGGGAUUGUCAUUCUGAAUCAGUGCAAGAUAAUUAAGAUGCAUUCCUUUCUGGACUACAUCAUGGGUGGUUGCCAAAUACAGUUUACAGUAGCGAUUGAUUUCACAGCCUCUAAUGGGGAUCCUAGAAACAGUUGUUCGUUACACUACAUCCACCCCUACCAGCCUAACGAGUAUCUGAAAGCUUUAGUCGCAGUGGGGGAGAUUUGCCAAGACUAUGACAGUGACAAAAUGUUCCCAGCGUUUGGCUUUGGUGCUCGGAUACCUCCGGACUUCAAGGUUUCACAUGAUUUUGCAGUAAACUUCAACGAGGACAACCCAGAAUGUGCAGGUAUCCAGGGUGUAGUAGAGGCCUACCAGAAUUGCCUUCCUAAGAUCCAGCUGUACGGUCCCACAAACAUUGCCCCUAUCAUCCAGAAAGUGGCCAACUUUGCCUCAGAGGAAAUGCACACCAAAGAGGCCAUGCAAUACUUCAUCCUGCUCAUCCUGACGGAUGGUGUGAUCACAGAUAUGGCAGACACUAGAGAGGCCAUCGUCCACGCCUCUCACCUGCCCAUGUCUGUCAUCAUCGUGGGAGUUGGAAACGCAGAUUUCACUGACAUGGAGAUGCUGGACGGUGAUGACGGAAUCCUUCGUUCGCCUAAAGGGGAACCAGUGUUGCGUGACAUCGUACAGUUUGUGCCGUUCCGUAACUUCAAACAUGCCUCUCCUGCUGCUUUGGCAAAAACUGUCUUAGCUGAAGUCCCAAACCAGGUGGUGGACUAUUACAACAGCAAGGGGAUCAAGCCCAAGUGCCCCAGCGAGUAUGAGUCUUCUAGGACGUUUGGCCACUGAAGCGCCGAGCUAUUGCUCAUUACAAAAAC